AUGGCGUGCGAUUUAGAAAAAAUUGAGCAGAAGGAGCGGGAGCAGCCCAACGUCGUCAUUCAGUUAAAUUCGCUGGGAUUGGAUGAGCUCAUAUCACUGACAUUGAAGUUGGAGGAGGAAUGGAAACUAAUAAAAAAGAAUUACGCCAUUUUGGAAGGCGCAGUCGUAACAUACGACAAAUGCAAAAACUCCGUGGAGCAACUAAACCCCACCAAAUUCGAAGCGAAGAAUUUCAAUGCCUUUAUGAAUGAGUUAGAGAGAUCCGAACUGAUCAAAUUGUGCAACAAGGAACAGACUACUAGCAGGAGAGUACUCACCGGAGGUGAAGAACCCAAAGGGAAGGACAGCCUGCAGCAGCUCGACACCCUGAUUGAUCAGAUAGACAUUAACAAGAAGGAUGCAGAGGAAGAGAAGGGGCUGGAAGUCCACAUCCCCCUGACGUCUCUGGUUUAUAUACCGGGCAAAAUCGUCGACACGGAAAACUUCCUCAUUCGCAUGGGGACCAACUACUACGUGCAGAGGAACGCCAAGCAGACCAUCGAGUAUUUUAAUAACAAAAUAGGGAAGCUAAAUGAACAAAUAAAAAAGCUCAAAGUUACCCUCAUAGAGAAAAAAAACGAAAUAGACCUUUGCAAAAAUUACAUUCAACUGAAGAGGCAGAUGCAAAUGACUGCCGCAGGAGGUGCUGCUACCGGUACAAAUGCAAACGUGCAGCAGGCCACGCCGCGUGCUGCCAAUCCGUAG